ACCUAGUGUUGUUGCAGAUUGCAAAAGAGACGAGAGCUCUCUUCAGGAACGCUACUGCUGGAGACGAAAAUGAUCUGAAGCUUUCUCCAAAUCGAUCUUGAACCUGCUGAUCUACUCACCACGUUCGUUCAUUUCCAUGAUGCUGAUCGACGUCCCUGACCAGGAAGCAACAAAACAAUCUAGUACAAGCCUCUUGUUCUUGUAGAAGUUCCAUCAUUGAAGUACGAUCAGGCACUCUGAAAGAAACUGACAAUCGCUAUAAGAUUGAAUGAACUGUUGGCAUUUUUGCUAGACAAUGACCUUACCUAGGUCCUUACCCAUCAUCCUCGGAGGCGAGCAUGUGCCCGUGAGGCUCGCUGAGAAGGAUUCACAACCUAACCUAACCUGCUAGACAAGCUCGAAUGAACUGUUGGCACUUAUCAUCUCGCGCUUACUAAUUAUUGUUAUUGCUGGCAUCAAAAUCUCCUUAUUCUUCCUCACAUAUUCGCCUGGGGAUACAGUUCAAACUGUGGACGGCGAGUCAACUCCUCUGCUAUCCUAUCCCACAAAGGAACCGUUUUACCGAGAUCAUACCUUUUCUCAGAACAGGUUUCAAAUUUCUUAGAUAAAUUACUUCUACUUUCUUUCUUCCAUACAACAGGUCAUGAAUAACGACAAAGUAGAGCUAGAUCAUUAUUAUCAUUAAGAGAUUGAUGCCCUUAGGUUGCCAGAUUUUUUCUUCAAGCAUAAGAUAUUUCAUAGUCGACAAAAAAACUCAAAAUCAAAAAAAGUAACCUCCACUUGUUCUCCUAGUUGUACCAAAUCUUCUCAAAAAUGGCGCCAACCGAGUUUCAAAGCGAGCAGCGGAAUGCCGUCUUGAAUCAGCUGAUUCCACGAAUCGCUACCAUCAUCGACGACAACGAGGGCCUCUGCAGUCUCAACGUCAUCAGCUCCGAUGAAAAUGUAACAACUACGUAAGUACUUUAAUAAAGUAUGCAGCAGCAAAACGUCCAUAGUCAGUGUCAUUAAGAGACCUUAUGCCAGGCACAUCAAUCAAUCAAUCAAUCAAUUAUAAUCUGAGGAGAUGACAAGUCCGAUUCCAUGUGCCAUGAAUGUUUAUCAAACAACACAACUGCAUUUGAAGAUGAACUCUAGUACCCAUUGUAUCUAUCGAACAUGAUCUUCAUCUUGUUUUCUGCUUACAAAUGAAAGGUGAAGAAGCUCUUGGCAGAGAUUCCGGCUUGUUUUGAACGCAAAGUUCAUAAGAUACUGGAGAAUUAUGCUGACUACUUCCACCUUCUUGACGGUGGUCGCGUCGCGACUUACACCGCGUACGAAAACGGUCUCCUCGACGAAAAUGGCAAUAUCGUUCGAGCCCCAAAAGGUGGCAAGAAAAAAAACAACGCUCUCCUAUUAUGGCUACACGAAAUCCACCUUCCUUAGCAUCUUGGUCCUCCCGUUCUUCAUCAGGGAACAAACGGGGGAACCAAGACGAGUCCGAAGAUGGAUUUCUCUUAGUUCUAAUCCUAGGAAACAAACCUAGCACUGGCAAAAUGGAUCAAAGUUCAGCUCCGGUGCCAGGGAAUCCGUUUGCCGCACCCUCUGAGGAUCCCAUAAUGACUCAAGUGGCAACGCAUCCCUUUGACGAUGGAGCAGAUGCUGUGGCGUUGGGUACUUAUGAUAAAAACAAAAAAAAGUGUAGGCGCUAUAUGCCUCUUAGGGAACAGAAUAACUUCUAUGUCUAUGACGGACCCUAGACUUCUAGCUUCAUGUCUAUCAUGAACAUGAUGUUAAAGAUCAUCAAAAUUCAAAAACAUCCGUUCUUGCAUCUUCACAGGCGUCGACGACAUAAUUGGUGCAGAUGAGGUCGUAAUCAAAGACUUUGACGGGAAGGAGGUGCUGAGUUUAGGCGACGCUGCAGAUCAGUUGCAGACUGCUUUGUUUGCGGACGACAGUAAACGCUUAGCACACGCGUUUGACGUAGUCCGACAAAUGCGAAGCAGAGAAUUGGGUACUGCUUCACAUAUGUCUAACUAUGCUUUUAUGCAGUAGAAGCAGAUGACUGUCCUUCUCCUUUUCUCAACUAUGUAUAGAAAUGAGUUUCAUGCUCAAUAACACACCUUAGUUCAUUGACAGACACUGCAUUGUGUGCAAAUUCAUAGAUAAAAAGAAAGACCUGAACUCAUGAUGGUUUCCGUUCAAGGUACUGGCGCCGCCGACGAUGAUGCCUUUAGGAAACUCGAACAACAGCGCGCAAGAAGCGCAGCUAGUUCUCAACGACUACCACGACAAAACGGGUUGACUAAUGGUCGGGACAGAAAUGUGAGAGGUGGUCUCGAUCAUAGUAGCAAAAGCAAUGAUAAGGCACGAGCAGACCCGAUGUCCCAGCGGAAUCAAAGCAUGGGCCUCUUUUCAUCCUUGAGAGACCCUCUCGGUAGAGGCGACCGAGACCGAGACCUAGGUGCUUCUGGAAAAGAUGUUAGUUAAGGGGUACCACAUUGCAUUCUGUCUUCACUGCCAUGAUCCUUGACUUGUUUUCCAGUAGGAAAACGCAAAGGGUCCUCAGGGCGGAUCUCAAGAAGGAUGCAAUGUCCUCGCAACCUCGUCUAAGUUAGAGGUGGACGAGGAGACAACUUUUCUAGUAGUAUAGUUGGAGCAGGAACCGGCAGAACUUUGGCAUCAGUGAAUGCCGUAAGUAAUGCAGCAAGAGUGCGACAGGAUCUUCCUCGGCAGGGGCAGUCAGGACGUGGUCUGUACAGUGACGCAUUUGGAACCAGCGACAGACGCAAACGAGGACAGGACGAAAAACCAUCACUCGGAGGAGAGGCGAUUACGUGUACUUUUAUAUUUACUUGCUUGAUGAAGAAUGGACUCAACAACUCAUCACUAUACAUAGAAGUGUUUGAUGUUCUUCUAGCAAGACAGGGCAAUACUUGAUACUACAAACUGUAAGUUUAGAGAUCCAAACGACCUACACACAUAGGUGUCUCUGGUACUUCGGUGCCCUGUGCGAAUUUGCCAAAUGGUCCUGAUGACAAGCGAGACCGCGUCAACCUCGUUACUCUUAAGGCUUCCCGUAAUAAAUUCAUCUCUGGAGAAGCAUCUUUGACGCCUUUGCUGAACAAGGGGAAAGCCCAUUAAUAAAGAUGCACUUAAUAAAGAUGAAUUAAGGUAAGCUCUAAUACUCGCGAAAUGAUAGUUCAGCUUCAAGCAGCACCAGGGCAGAGGCGCAGCGUCAUGGAAAUAUGCCAGAACCCGAAAAUUCAGCAGCUGAAGAUUAUGAGUAGACACAUCUUCAUAGAAUUUCAUCACAGAACAAUUACUUCUUAGUUAAUAAUGGUUGGCCACAUCAUCGAGUUCAGCCUUGAGUAGCAGGUGGUAUAUUCCCCUUGAACCAAAAUCAAUUAUGUGUAGUGGGUUCUUGUUUCCGAGCUCGUCGAGUUUGAGUACUAGAAGGACUUUGAACAACGUAUAAUCUCAAUCGCUACUAUCUUCUCUGCUCGUCCAUCUUCCAUUAUGAUUAUAUCGUCUUUAUCCUUCAUCCCCAACAUCCUCGCAAACUACUUAGUUAAAUCUACUCUCUUUCCUCAACCUCCCUUGAAGAUCGUCGCCUUCUAAUCUGAAAAACGCUAUUAACCGCUUUACUUCGUGGGUAUCGGAUGAUAACGCACAUCUCUUUUCCUUGGAGAAAGACGGGAUGGGGCCAAAGAAAGGCGACGCAGUUGUGCUUAUCGGCGAUCCUGUCGAGUGCGACCGCAUCAUCUUCGAAUAUGCAGAUCUAGACUCCAACUACAUGGAAAUGUUUCCGCAACUCGGGAUUCAGGUAGAGAGAUCCGAUAAACCAACAAAAAUAAGGAAAAUUGGAGGAGGUGGAAACGGGUCCCUUUUCUAA